UGAAACCGUCAUGGCGGCGCUGGGCUGAGAUAGAAAACCCUACUGGUCGGACUGAGACAGCCCUGGGAUUCCGCUAGCUUUCCUUGUCACCUGCCUUUUUCGCAGGGGUGUCGGGCCGAGGAUGACGGCCUGAGUGCGGAGCCGGGCAGACGACCGAGAGAUGCAGCAAGAGACUCGCCGCCCCCCCCCGCAGCAGCCUCAACACAACCCGCAAUCCAAGGCAGAAAACAGCAAAACCAAGAGCAUGUUUCUGUCCAGGGCGCUGGAGAAAAUCCUCUCGGAUAAGGAGGUGAAGAGGAGCCAGCACAGCCAGCUACGCAAAGCCUGUCAGGUGGCGCUGGAUGAGAUCAAGGAGGAACUGGAGAAACAGAAAGCCAACUACAUCGAGGCGGACAAAUAUGUGCUUCCCUUUGAGUUGGCCUGCCAGUCAAAGUCCCCCCGGAUAGUUAGCACCUCUUUGGACUGUCUGCAGAAACUGAUCGCUUACGGCCACAUCACAGGAAACGCGCCGGACAGCAGAACUCCGGGGAAAAGACUCAUCGACCGGCUGAUCCACGAGGGCACGGUGCUGCUCACCGUCAGGACCUGCUACAACAUCUACCUGGCCAGCCGCAACCUCAUCAACCAGACCACGGCCAAGGCCACCCUCACGCAGAUGCUCAACGUCAUCUUCACGCGCAUGGAGAACCAGGCGGCUCUGGAGGCCCAGGACCAGGAGAAGAACCGGCUCAGCCUCCCCCAGCCGAACCCGUCCGAUUCGGUGUUUGAGGAGGAAAGCGUUCAGCCGACCGAAGAAACCAACAAACCGGGAAACGGUUCCAGUCCAGCAGAACCGGCCGAGGGAGGGACG